AUGCUGUUCCUUGGGCUGUUGUUGCUACUGACGCUAUUGGCUGGCAGUCGCCUGCUGUGGGGCCAGAGGAAGCUCAGGGGCUUCCACCUCCCUCCUCAUGCCCCAGGCUUCCUGCACUUCCUGCGACCCAACCUCCCCAUCUAUCUGCUCAGUCUCACUCGGAAACUCGGGCCCGUCUACAGAUUCCGCUUAGGGCUGCAGGAUGUUGUGGUGCUGAACUCCAACAGGGCCAUUGAGGAGGCCAUGGUCAGAAAGUGGGCUGACUUCGCUGGUAGACCCCGGGUACCAUCCUACAAGGUGGUGUCUCAGCACUAUCCAGACCUGUCACUAGGGGACUACUCCCUCCUCUGGAAGGCCCACAAGAAACUUGUCCGCUCAGCCCUGCUACUGGGCAUCCGUGAAUCCAUGGAGCCCCUGACGAAGCAACUGACCCAGGAGUUCUGUGAGCACCUGAGAGCCCAGGCCAGUGGCCCCGUGGCCAUCCAAAAGGAAUUUUCUUUCUUCGCCUGUAACAUCAUCUGCUGCCUCAUCUUUGGAAAAAAGGUCAAGGAUGACACCCUGGUAUAUGCCAUUCACAAUUGUGUUAGGGAUGUGAUGAAAGCCUGGAGCCACUGGUCCAUCCAAAUUGUGGACUUGUUUCCCUUCCUCAAGUUCUUCCCCAACCCAAUGCUCUGGAAGCUGAAGAAGAUCAUAGAAAAAAGGGACAACAUUGUAGAGCAGCAGCUGAAGCAGCACAAGGAGAGUUUGGUGACAGGCCGGUGGAAAGACAUGAUAGACUACAUGCUCCAAGAGCUGGGGAGGCCAAGAGAGGACAGUGACUCUGGACAACUCCUUGAAGGGCACGUGCACAUGGCCGUGGUGGACCUUGUCAUUGGUGGCAGUGAAACCAUGGCGGCCUCCCUCUCCUGGGCUGUGGCUUUCUUGCUUCACCACCCUGAGAUUCAGCAGCGACUGCAGAAGGAGUUGGACCUCCAACUGGGGCCUGGGGCCUCAAGCUCCCAGAUCCUAUACAAGGACCGAAUGCGGCUGCCCUUGCUCAAUGCCACCAUUGCAGAGGUGUUGCGCCUUCGGCCUGUGGUGCCCUUGGCCUUGCCGCACCGCACCACCCGGGCCAGCAGCAUCUUUGGCUACGACAUCCCUGAGGAUACAGUCGUCAUCCCUAACCUCCAAGGUGCCAACCUUGACGAGAUGGUCUGGGAGCGACCAGAGGAGUUCUGGCCUGACCGCUUCCUGAAGCCUGGCAAGAAUCCCAAAGUGACAUCCUUUGGCUGUGGGGCACGUGUGUGCCUGGGGGAACCGCUGGCACGCAUGGAGCUCUUCGUGGUGCUGGCCCACCUGCUCCAGGCCUUCACACUGCUGCCUGAGGGCACCCUGCCCUCUCUGCAGCCCCUGACCUGCAGUAGCCUGAACCUCUGGAUGCAGCCUUUUCAGGUCCGCCUGCAGCCCCGGGUCCUGGGGGUCCCGGGGCAUGACCAGUGCCAGUGAUGGGGCAGGAUCAGUGCCAGCCAGGUGCCUCAGUUUCUCCUUUAUUGCUCCCAUAGAAACCCCUCCCCCUCCCCCCUGUAAACAUGAUGCUGUGAGAUCACAGGCAGAGAAGACUUCCUCUGGUGGCUGGGAGGUGGAGGCAUCCCUGGCUCUUCUCUGGGUGUGACCCCUCAGUGCUCGGCAGUCAUACUGGGGUGUGAGAGAGGUGGGCAGCAGCUCAGCCUCCCCCUACGGGGGACCGAUAGCUUCUUGGUCUGAGCUUCAUUUCCGUAAAGGGCACGGAGAACUCGAAGCCCUUCCAGUGGUACCAGCUCACUCCCUGGGAAAGUUUGUCAAGAGUCAAAUCUGGACAUCUCAUCUGUCCCUAUCCUGCCCCUUUAGGAAGUGAUUAUCAGAGAUCUAUCCACUCUCCCCCACACCCCACCCACCCCCCUGCUCCCACUGCAACCCUCGGCUUCACAGGACUGACGUUUAAUCCUGAGUUGACAUUUUUCACCCAAUAAAUCA